AUGGAAGUAUCAACUUCGAACGGAUUAGAGAUUUGUGCCUCACAUUUCGCUUGUCGACAGCGGAAAAAUAGCAGCAGUGGCCCCACUUGCUCAGUCACUCUUCAACCAGCUGACCAUCAGACCUCCGGAGACAAUAUCUCAGAUGCUCCCCUGAUCAGGAUGCCAGACAUUGAUUCCAGAGGUGACAACACUAGCGGUUUCAGCAGCUCUAUGGAUGUAGUGGGAGAUGUCUAUAACGUUUGUAGAUCAGACUAUUUUUCCUCCAAGAAAAUGGCUACUACAAUCUCCUCGAUAUCAUCAGCUACUAAUAACUCCAGUAGCAAUGACUCUCUCACUAUCGGACCGAAUGACGAUGGAAUCGCUGAAGGUUUUCUGAUUGACGGAGGCAUUCUCAAUGGUAUCAACAAUAUGGGCGGUGUUAGCACUGAUAGGAAUAGUAGUGUUAGCACUAGUAACCAUAAUAAUAAUAGUAGUAGUAGUAGCUGCAGCAGUGGAGACAGUAGGAGUGAUAGAGAAAAACGAAGGAACAGAAGUAGGAGUACAAUAAUUAAUAACGAAAGAGCUCAUUCAGAUGUCCACACUACGGUUGAGAGAGAAACUGAUGCAGAGAGCAUAAGUCAUUGCAGCGUAACAAGCAACAGUGGCAGCAGUAGCGGAAGCAAUAGCACUAGUAUUUGUGGCAGCCCAGAUCGCCAAAUUGACUGCCCCACUUGCAGCGUGGCCAAAGGCUUUAUUAAUCAUAGGACUGCUCGAAAGUCAAAUGAGGUUUUUAUUGAUGCCACCUCUCCAUCAUCCUUGCCCAAUCAGCGACCAAGCGACUUUCGUGAGCACUAUAGAUUACGUUACCUAUUUCCUGAUGUCCAUCCAUGGCACCGACUGGGGGGAUGGUCCAAAGAACUGCGUGCCAAGCACUCUGGUCUUCUUGAGACUAUCCGGCAAGAGGCGAUUGCAGCCUCUGCUGCCUCAGAAUAUCUCACAGCACCAGGAAGGACAGUCACUUCAGCAUCAAUUCGAGAUUGCUCUUGGAAUUCAAAAAAACCGAAAAAAUCUCCCUUCCUCCCUUCUGCAGAUGGCGGCGGAGCUAAUGCCUCAUUAACUGUGGAAGAAGGUAGAAUAAAGGCUAAUGCUACUUCGUCAGAAACCAAAGCUGACUUAGUUUGGACAGCUAGGCCUUGCAGCGGUCAAUUUCGAGGCCCUUCCUCCCUGACGUCCGUCACCAAAUCUGUGCCCACCGUAGUCCGACAAGUUAAAAAUUCUGGUUUCCGUCGUCUUUCAAGCCUUGGAACCUUGCUCUCAGGGGCCGGCUCCACCAGCGAGAGUAUCCAUUCUGUCUCAGCUGCUAAUACUUUACUUAAAAAUCGUCAGGUUCCUCUUAAAAAUGAUUCGGCCAGUUAUUUGGAUAAUGAUUUGAACACUAGGACAACUACUGGGAUGCCUGGAAGUGUAUGUGGCAUAAGUGCUACUUCUUUUGGCACGUCAGCAGAUGUUUCUUUGCCGGCGUCGGGGGGGAACAACAUUUCUCUUGAGCAUGGACAGCACUCACCAAAGAAGCCCUCUUCAUUGGGCAAAUGGAUUGCCUCCCUUCUUACACAUGCAGGUGAAAUAUUUUUAAUGAUUUAG